GUAGCAGACGCGAUCAUGCACUCGGCGUUCGAAAGCGUGUCCUCCUCGUGCUCUACGAUCGACAUCGAGCGGUACGGAAACAGUUUGUCCCGCAGGGCAAGAGACUGUCUCAGUUGCCGUCUCAAAACCGCCAACAGGCAGGGCGAUAUUUUUAUCCGAUUACGUCGGCAAGCGGUGCUAUUUUGGAGCCCCAAGUCUGGCUGCUGGCACCCUGUGAGAGCCCCGCCGAGCGCAGUUGCAGACACCGGUGCAAAUUUGAAGUCUUUUUUUUUCCUACGUGAAACCGAUAUACCGAGUGCAAGCUAGCGUGCAAUUCGGAAUUCCUGAUCUCCCUCGCGUUCGGAAUGUUGUGUUGACCUGUGUCUGCAAUGGUACGACUGUCAACCUGUCGUCUGCAAGAGUAAGUCACCUCGCCUUCUGCUUCAGCAGAAGCUUGCGUCCUGUCUGAAGGUCCCUGCUGAUGCCUCGUUUCGUCGUGUGGUGGAUGUAUAGCGCCUACAGCACGCUCGUGGUGAGCCCGUUGUGCGGUUAGGCCUAGGGUGCUACUUCGGUAGACGUGCCGUGUCGUCUGCCUCCUGAGUAUACGGUAUAUGCGGACGACAGUUCCUGGAAUGCUGCAGUUGGACCGAUGGGAGUGACUGACGCUGAGAGGUCUGGCAAGGGACUGCAACGGAGCACGACGACCAUGUCUUCGAGCAAGCUGUCCAACGUUCCAAGGAAACUGUGGCGGUCCCGUGCCAAGUCGCAGUCCAGGGUGUCAUCCUUCAGCGCGUGCAGCUGGACGCCUGAGGGCGGUUGUAGAUGGCGUGGACGCACGGGAGGACGGCUAACACUGCGGCCCACGACGCUCUUGGCACUCUCUGGUGUCGAGGCGUCGGGACUUCGACCUCUGGCCUUGGGGAAGUUGCAGAGCUUGGGCAUCGGUUGCAAGGUGGACAUACCGAAAGAGGACUCCACGGAAGUGACCAAGACCCGAAGAAGACCAGCGCUGCUAAGAAGGAAGGCCAUCACCACGAGUUUCUUCGAAAGUCGUAAAGAAAGUGACAUUCCAUCAGCUCAAGUGUUCGGCGUUCCUCUUCCGCAAGUCAUUCAGAGCGACCGACUACGGUUCCCAGCCGAUUCCGCCGCGUCAGACUUCGCCGACCUCGGUCUCGUUCGUGGUGAUGACCCCACUACAGAGACAUUGUCCCGUCGUUCUGACAACGCCAGCGAGAGCUCCCUGUCCUCCCUUGUGGACUUUUCCCUCGAAGACGACGUUUUGGCAACCCAUAGGCUCAGCCAUGCAUCGUCUGCCUUUGGCAGCUCCAGCGCUCUGGAUUCGAUGGACCGGCAGCGGGAGUCGAGUUCGGACGAUGACGGCCUCACGGUACAAGGGCCUCAAGUUCCUCGGGUUGUGCGAAGCUGCUUGAGGUACCUCCAAGACUUUGGUCUUACGACAGUAGGCAUCUUUCGAGUGAGCAGCUCCAAGCGAAGAGUUCGGCAGCUACGGGAGGAGUUUGACAGCGGCAGAGAAGUGCACCUGGAACAGGAGCGUCCUCAGGCGCAUGACGUGGCGCAGCUUCUCAAGGAGUUCUUCCGUGACCUUCCUCAGCCACUUCUCACCAGGGACCUCUACGUGCCGUUCCUCUAUACCCAGAGAACUCUUGAACGCCAAAAACAGUUGGACAUGUUGAGACAGCUGAUCAGGCUCCUCCCUAGCCAGAACAGAGAUACGUUGUGGGCUCUGCUUCGCUUUUUAAAUCGGGUCGCCGAGAGUUCCGCGGACAGGAAGACGCCACAGGGAGAAUUGGUGUCCGGAAACAAGAUGGAUGCUCAUAACUUGGCGACCAUGUUGGGUCCCAACAUUCUGCGCUACACCAGCAAGAGCGUCAAGGAUAAAUUUAUCGUGGAAAACUCGGAGAGGGCUGAAGAACGGUCGGAAGUCAUUCUCGUGGUUCGACAACUCAUUGAAAACUACGACAAGCUGUUCGAGGUGUCAGCUGAAGACAUGGACAGCUUGUACAGAAGGCUACUUGUUGAGAGACCCGAAGAACUUGAUGUGCUUCUCAGGCGACGGUAUUACAGCGCUCCGGGUGCUCACGAAGAUGACUCGGCAGACCAAGUCUUCGAUGACCCGAACCAGGACGAGGACGAUGAUGACGACGACGACCUCCAGGCCGUUGUCUUGCGAGCUCCCGUACACCGGAGCCGAGACAGGACCCCCGUGCACCAGGACAAAGGCCUUCCUUACAUUCUGGUCACCCCAGAAGCCCGCUCUAGAACGCGUGAAGUCGUCAGUUCGGACACAAAGGAGAACGACGUCAGCGUAUCGUUCACCAUGAAGCUGCCGUCCGCGUCAGACGUCAAGACAUACCUGGAAGAGAACGUGGACGCCGCGGACGCGGAGCGUCAGGCCGCCAAGAGGUCGUCAAAGAAGGCAACGGGGGACUCGCAAAAGAAGGCCAAGGGCACUUCUCGAAAACUAGUGAGCACAAAAGAGAAAGAGGAGAAGUCGUUUAAAUUAAACAAGAGCAAAUCGGCGUCUUCCAUCCUAAACUUCUUUGGCGCGUCUUCCGACUCUAGGCGAGACUCCAGCGGCAGUACCGACAACUCGACUAGGCCUAGCGCCGCGUCGGUGCAGCCGGAACAUCAAGGCAGAAGGAAUAGUCGGGCGCCACAGUCGGUGAGGUUUCAAGGGGAGAAGUGGAAGAGGUGUGACUUGAUCUCGUCGGAACAUACGCAGAAGCAUCAUAAAUGAUGUCAUUCCGAAGCAAUGAACCCCUGGAAGUGCGCGCCGUUGGAACUGUGGAGUGGGGCGCAGUUUCGAAGGCGUACUUUCCCGUAGUUGCUUUGCUCUGGAAAGCUAUAUAGUGAGUAUAAGGACUCAAAAUGUGAAGGACAGACACAUCGGCUUAGUGCUGCACUGAAUCCGUCCCUGUACAGGACUCUACACUACUUUCUUUUUUCUGUCAUUAUUUUAAGGGGGGCGGGGCGCUUUGUAUUGAAAAGUGAAAAGGCUAAACAUGUGUGUAAAUACUGG